UCCCCACAGCAGAGCGUCGUCGUUGUUGUUGUCGUGGGAUAAUAAUGGCGGCAGCUGGAGGCGGAUUGACUGCCUCGGUUGUCUUCGCGGGCGCGAGCCUGUCUGCCCCGGCACGGUGUCGCUUUCCGGGGCGGCCGUGGCCAUCUCGCAUUCGCCAGAAGACGGGGAGGCGUUCGAGAGUCGGUCGGCUGGGGCUGGAAGCGGCGGCGGCCGGCGGCCCGAGAGAGCCGAGGCCCGUUAACGUUGAGCUUACGCUGCGAGAAGAUCCGUCUUUACUGCGCUUGCUGAGGCUCAAUGAGCGGCUCGCGCGCCAGAGGGAGGCGGGAUUCUGCACGAGCGGCAGUGAGGAGGAAGGAGAUUUCACAGGUUUCCAGACUGACCGGCAAUGGGCUUCACAUUCUGGACAAGAUGCUCUACAAAAAAGUUCUGUUAAAUCAUCCUCAUCUUCAAAGGAGAAACCAUUUCUCGCUCCUGAUACAUCUGCAAACAAUAAAGUCGCCGUUGCAAAAAAAGGACUGCGGGUGACUGCAGACACAGAGAGCGCAUCUCCGUCAGAGGAACGUGAGCGGAAGUGUGGAAAAAACGCCGGGAGACCCAAACUAGUCGUUAAACUGGCCACCCAAAUGAUGACCGAUAAAAAUCUGCCAAGGAAAACAGCUUUGCGCAGGGGUCGAGGGAAACCGUCUGAGAAGGAGAAAGGGACCGAGAUCUCGCAUGAAGAAGAAAACGGAGGUGCAGAAGAAGACGAGACGUUGGACGAGUCAGGAACGGGUGCGGAAAGAACGGAAAAGAGGCAGGGACGUCCCGGUCAGAGGAGGCGGAGGAAAUUCGUUUGGAAUUUAACGCUAGUUAAGCGUAGGGGAAGAAUUUCCAAAAACAGUCUGCCCGAGAAUUUGGGCAGAGGACGUCGGAGAGGGUACGCAAGGAACGCAGGAUCAGGCAGGACUCAGGAGGAAGCAACGGGGGAUGAACUUCCUGAUGACCAAAAUGCUCCAGAACCUGAAGUCAAACAGCGGAAGGUCCACAAAGUUCAGACCGCCUCUCAGGAAGAAGAGCAGGAGAAUGCAGUUUCCCCUGACGGGAUCGAAAACACACCAGAGAAAGACGGCAGUCCAGAUUCUCCCAAAUUAUCUCCCCGUUCCCUAAAGAGACGCAAAUCGUUAUUCGGUUAUCGCAGGAAACCGGAGCAGGUGUCGCUGCUCAAGAUGAGGAAAGCUGAGGAUAGGAUCCCCAGAAAAAGACGGAAGCUUGUCUGUUACACCUACGAAGCGGUAGAAUCGCCGGUGAAUCCGGAGCAGUUGCAGGAGCCACCAGCACAGUCUGAGGGUCAGCAGCAGGGACUGACAGACAGCGUGACUAGUAGUCGGCCAUCCCGGGUGAUCAGGGUACCGAAAAGGUUCAUGGACGAUGAAAGCAUGUCUGGGCUGCUGGGAAAGAAACUUGUUCAAGCCGAGAAUCAGGAAGAUGAGCCUUGCAGUGACUCUGAGGAAGCAAAUCUCUCCCAAACCCCGAAGUUUGGAAGCAAACAUAAGAGCGCAAGCAAAAGGAUCCUAUGUGAUGACGAGGAGAGCUUAGCUGGAAAGGCUGUGGAAUUGAAACCGAGCGGCCUGACCGGAGGUCCUCGAAAGAAAGUGGGGAGACCGGCGUACAAUUCCACUCCUCUCAAAAUCUACGAGCGUUUGAAGAUGCUCACGGCAAGCCUGACGCAGAGGAAAGAGCAGCGGAUGGCCAGCGCUCGCUCCAAAGCCCUUGGUGAAAAAGAAGAAUGCGAGAGUCCUGGUGCAGGUGAAGCUCCAGGAUCAAGAGAGCUGAAGAAAUGGGGGAGCCCUGAUAUCAAGAUUGCUGAUCUGAACUGUUCAGGAGUCGUACAUAAAGUAGCCAUCCAUGCCGACGAUCAGGUGGUCAGUCAGUCUGCACUUUCGACAGUUGAAGGACUCGAAGCCAAAGCAGAUGCAGAGAGAAUAGACCUGGAGGGUGCUACUGAGGAACAAGAUAUGGACGCUGUGAAGUCUGAGGUGGUGUUGGGGCAGGGAAGCUUGGUUCACAAAGUCAACAUCUCUGGUGCUAACAAGAGAAUGCUUCACCUGCUGAAGAGGGCCAAGGUGCAGCUGAUUAAAAUCGACCAGCAGAAACAGAUGAAGACGGCUCAACUGAUGACUGGAACAGUUCGAGUUGGAGACGGCGGCAUCAUGAGCAUAAAGAGGAGGGGGAGAAGGAGAAUUGUCAGGACAAACAGGGAAGAUGUUCCUCAGGGACAACCAGUUGGAGGUCCACGCAUCAAGCACGUGUGUCGGGCAGCGGCGGUGGCACUCGGGCAGCCUCGUGCCAUGGUACCUGAGGAUAUCCCCAGACUCAGUGCUCUGCCUUUACACGAGAGAGAAGGCAUCGCUCCUUCUCAAGACACAGAGGAUCUCGGUUCUCACUCAGAACCUGAAAGCACCUGUUCGGUCGAACAAAGGCCGGUGUACAAGCAGAAAUCUUUCGGUCUGCGACAGAGACGCUGCUUUAACUGCAAAGGCUGUUGUCGGGAAGAGGACUGUGGGACCUGUGUCUUCUGUCUGGAUAAACCGAAAUACGGAGGACCUAACAAGAAACGUCAGAGCUGCAUCUACAGGAAGUGCUUAAGGAUUGAAGAGAACAAAAUGAGACGGAUGAAAGUUCAGAUGAAGCGACGGGGUAUGUGCGCCCAGGCCACUGCGUUCAGUGGCGGAGAGGAAGAGGCAGAGGGAGAUGGCAGGGGAGAGGCGCUAAGCACUAACGUACUGACCCCCGUCCGGGGCCGGCCGAGGCGGCAGGUUAAACGCCGAUGCUUCAGCAACUUGCUAGAGUCUGAUUCGACUGAUGCAGAUGCUUCUGGUGAAGACGUAGCAAAGGAACAAAGCAGUAGUGAACCGAGUGUUAAAGCUAAUGUAGAUACUGUUACGCAUCCUGACGCACAAGAUGAAGCAGCGAAACCACGAAGGCCCGGACUGUCCAGAGGACUGUGGGGACGGCGGCGAAGUAAUAAGCUCCAGAGCUCCCCUCCCUCAAAGGCGCCGGAGCGCUCAGACACAGGAAGUUCAUCCGUAAAGCUCAGGCUGAGGCUCCAGCUGCGGCUGCAUAGACUACCACCUAGCAUGGUGCGAGCUGCUGAGGUGUCUUCGGUGGCUGUGCCUUCCCAGCCUGAUGACAAAAAAGCACAAGAAGAGGAGGCGGAUAGAGAAAAGCGGGUUGUGAAGAAGGGAGAUCUGCAGCAACCCCUUACUGACCCCUGUCUUCCUCAUUCUCAGAGCUCAAUGGAGCACACGCCCUCCAGCGUCCUGGCCACAGUGGCCAAAGGAUUUGCACACCGGGAACGACAGGCACCGGAGCCGGCGCACAAAAUCCGGGUCGACUUUAAGGAGGACUGCAACAUUCAGAAUGUCUGGGCGAUGGGGGGGCUGAGUGUCCUCACCUCCGUUCCAAUCACAGUGGAGUGUGUGUGUCUGCUGUGUGCCAGUAAAGGACAUCACAAUAUGAUAUACUGUCAGAUGUGCUGUGAGCCUUUCCACCGCUUCUGCCUCCCGGCAGACGAUCGUCCGCAGAACGAAAACAAGCAGAACUGGUGCUGUCGGCGCUGCAAAUUCUGCCACGUCUGCGGUCGUAAGGGCAAACAGGGAAAGCCGGUUCUACAGUGCAGAAAGUGCUUUUACUGCUAUCACCCAUCAUGUCUUGGGCCCACGUACCCCAAACCUGGAAAGUGUAGCACACCCUGGGUAUGUAUGUUGUGUAUUCGGUGCAAAAGCUGUGGGGUGACACCAGGAAAAUCCUGGAGCACGUCUUGGAAUCAUGAGCUCGAUCUCUGCCCUGACUGCAGCAACCUCCACAAACAAGGAAACUUCUGCACCGUGUGUCUCAAGUGCUAUCCUGAGCACGAAUUUGAUAUGAAGAUGAUGCAGUGUGCUCGAUGUGCCCACUGGGUCCAUCCCAAGUGUGAGGGACUCACAGAUGACCUGCAUGAGAUUCUGAAGAGGUUGCGGGGGAAGAGUUUGGUGUUCUCCUGUGCAGCCUGCAGUAAAAACUUCCCUAGUGGCUGGCAGGAAGUGGUGCAGAGUGUCCUGCGCAAUGGUCUAGAAAAGAUCAUGACUGGUUUGACGAGUUCGCUGACCACCUGUCACCUCCAGAAAUGCUCAGAGUGUGAAGCCUGUCCUGAGGCUGAUGGCGUGAAAAGUAGGAAGGUGGUUUGUGAUCUUCUUGCCGUGGGAAAGAAGCUCGAAGAAGGCUCAUAUACUUCAUUGAAAGCGUUUCACGAGGAUGUGGUGACCGUACUUGUGAAGCAACUACAGCAAGAAGAAGCACUUCCUGAGGAACAGAGACCAACUGCCCAAGCCAAAGCUUUAUAUAUUAAAUUACUGGAGCAAACAUUUACAUGGUUCAACUGUCAGGACCCUAAAGAAUGGAAACCUGCAACCAACAAAUUCCCAAGUGGUAUGCUCCCAGAGGCGAUAAUCCCACCGUCUGAUGAGCACAGUUAUGCUCAGUGGUUGGAGGAGCACAAUCACGCCAUGACGAACGAGAACCAGGAAAACCUUCCCUUAAAAGCACACGGAAAAGAUCCUCAGAACGUGAGCCGAUGUGGAGCGGAUGAACGACACUGUUCUCUGUGUCAGCAGCAGGGUGACGCCAAACCCACCGACGCAGGCAGGUUGCUGUACCUGGGCCAAAACGAGUGGGCUCAUGUAAACUGCUGCAUCUGGUCAGCGGAGGUGCAAGAAGUCAGGGGUGCACUGCUGCAUGUGCACAGUGCUGUAGCCAGAGGACGUUUCAUGCGUUGUGAGCGGUGUGGCCAGGCGGGGGCGACAGUGGGCUGCUGUCUCUCUUCCUGUCAGAGUAAUUACCACUUCAUGUGUGCUCGUGCCAGCCAUUGCGUCUUUCAGAGCGAUAAGAAGGUCUACUGUUACAAACACCGUGACCUCGUCAGCAACAAGGUGAUGAACGGAUUUGAGGUUCUCAGACGUGUCUAUGUCGAUUUUGAAGGCAUUAACCUUCGAAGAAAGUUUCUAACAGGCUUGGAACCGGAAUCCAUUAAUGUAAUGAUUGGCUCUUUACAGAUACGCAAAUUAGGUGUGCUGACAGAUUUAUCUGAAAACGCAGGAAAGUUGUAUCCUGUGGGUUACCAGUGCACUCGCUGGUACUGGAGCACAUUCGACCCACGUAAGCCAUGCAGAUACACCUUUAGCGUGAGCGAUGUACACCCGUCAUCACCAAGGAAAACGCCAUAUCUAGCACAGAACCAGGGAGAGAACUGCACUAUUGCACACAGCCCUAAACAAUAUGAAGACUCUGUAGACACCGGUCUUGAAAUGAAGCUCACCCCCAGCACCCCAUCUCCCAACUCCAAACUGGACUCAGGAAUAGGAUCUAAAACUCCUGGCCAUCCUCACAACAGAAGACCAGCCGGUGGGACAUUCAGACCAUUACCCUCACCAGGGACUGCAGUUUCCGCUUCCCAUCACAUCCUGACCAUCAGUGACCUUGACGAGACACGCCGGUCAAGAAGGAUUUCCUUACGCAGCCGAAAUGCCUCACCACCUCGUACGUCCCCCUCUGGGCCGAUGAAAAUGUGCUCAGGUGCUGGUCUUCACCCCAGAUCGCUCCCGUUUAGCUCGCCAGUCUCUCCACUUGGAGCUCACGAAAACCCUGCUAGCUCUGCGUCACCUCGCCGCAGGGGCCGCCCUCCUUCCUCCCCUUCUGGUGCUACUUCGGCGUACUCCCCUCGGCAAGGUGCGGUCGCGAGCCCCCCUUCGACUUUCGUCUUGUCACCAUGUCACUCUCCGAAGAUUCAGCAGCAUUUAAAGGUAGCACCACAAGAGUCUGCAGAAGUACCUCAAGAUUUCUCUGCCUCUUUAGAGCCUGAAGAUGCUGCUGGAAUGCCAGAGGAGGCCAUCUCCAUGAUUGCAGUUAUGAACGACGGUGAUCCGGUGCCACUCUCCUCAGACCAAGAGUUGCUCUCGUCACAGUUUGAUGCCGACACGGAUGUCGCCGUUGCCUCGAUGUUGAACGAAAAGCUUGAAUUCGAUGAGGCCUUGCUGAAUGAGAAUGUGGCCUUGCACUUUGGCCAACAUGGCAGUGGAGCAGAUGCAGCAGAGCAGGGACAGGGGUUAUUAAUCGAAGGAAAUGGCUUGGUCGAUGAAAAUCAAGUUUCAAGCGCAGGUGCCAGUAGAUUCAUCUCCAGGUUAAAAGAUUUUUCUAGUCUUUCAGCUGCCGAAGAGCUAAUGGAGCAAGACUCCACUAACGAAGACUCGGAUCAUUACUUCAAUUUCUCUCGCACAGUAGUAGUCCGUGAUUCUGCUAAGGAUUCUGCACAGACAGGGUUAAUGCUCCUUCCUACCUCGCAGUCGAUCUCUCAGCUGGACGGAGCAGACAACAAUUCGGAAAGUGAGGCAGGUGAAGCCAGUGGAGAGGACAACACUCAGGAAGUAGGGAAUAGUUAUGAUAGUCAGGAUACGUCGAAGGGAACCACUUCUGUGGGGAAAUCCUCCGGAAGCAGGAUAAAUUUCACCAGCGAAACCGAGUCCUUCCUGACAGAAUCCUUACAUGUGGGAGAGGAGGCAAAUAUGUUGGAGAAAUUUCCGGGAUCGGAGUUCUUACAAAAGAAUGAUGACGCGAUUGUGGAAUCCAUCGCUGAGGAAUCCACACCACAAGAAGGUAUGAAGGAUUUAAUGGUGCAGCUAAAACCCGAGGCAGAUGUUCAGGAUGUGGUGUCGUCUCCUACCAUCUUCGACACAAGCAGUGAUCAUCUUGCCGGACACGAGGACAUUCUGAUGGACGGCGAGCCUCUGGAUCACUUGAACGAGGUGGUGCUGGAUCCGGCUAGUGACGAUUUAACCUCUGCUCAAGAUGGAAGCUCGGUGAACACGUGUGACUCCUCAGCAUCGGGCAGCAACGAGAAAGGACCAGAGCAGAUCGUCUCUAUACCUUCUUUGAGCAAUGUUGGAAAAGUGAGGAUUAUCACAUCUGGUCCUGCCCCAUAUAGACGUUAUAUUAUCCCCCAGCCUCUUACACAACACAGAAUAGUCAACAUGACUGUACCUGCUGUCUCGUCAUUGCCACUGUCUUUACCUAUUAGCAAUGUUUCACCUACUCUCUCAGUUUUUCCCCAAAGGAACCAUGUUCUCACUUCCUCACCAGUUAUAAUAAACGGUCUGGACUCUCAGCUCAAGGAUACAACAAAGAGCAGACCUCUCGCCAUCCGCCUUCCAACCACUACUAAAACAAAUGUGACCAGUACGCUGGCUAGCCCACAAGUUUUGCUCGUCAACCGCUCUGGUCAAAUAUUAGUAAAAAACCCACAGACUAAUAGUUAUCAGACUGCUAGUGCUAAUUCACCUUCUUACAGCCAAAUUAGCCAGAUUGCUAAAAUCAUCCACAGUCAUAACCUGGUUAAUAGAACUGUUCCCCGAAUCGUGAUGACCCCGAUGACACAAGCAAGCCCCAACCAAAGUCCAGCUACACGUGUGGUAUCAUACACCAACGGCGCAGCGCCUACCACUAAAAUUUUGAUCAGGAGACUACCUCAGAACUCGUCAGCAGCGCAAGCAAACAGCGGAAGUAAACCUGUGAGCGGAGCCGGUGGCGUGAAGCUCAAGAACGUAUCUGUGCCAAGUACAGCAGUGUUACACAGGAUCCAAGGGGAAGAUGCACAGGCAAUAAUCGAGAGAGCAAUGGCAAGCCACAGGGACAUGGCAAACCCUUGUGUGCUGAGUCCAUCCAAAUUCCAGGUCCACCCAUGUCUUAAGAAGUCACAGUCUCCCGAGUCUCCUGAUGUAGUUAAACAGGUUCCAGGGUUGCAAUGCCAAACUACGCCCAACAUUCUGUCCCAUUCGAGGCCUCAAGUCAGGGUCAAGAGGGUGUCGUCGGUAUCAGAACGAACUGCUUUAAAACAGUGCAAGUCCACCUCUGUGGAGCCAGCAGCAGUUCUCAGCUCUCAGGAUGAGCUAAACAGAUCAAUCGGCGUCCGCAUUAAAGCCCCGACCAUCAAGGAGGUGCUGCAUUUGAAUCAGUCGGAAUCUGAAAAUCUUUGUGAGCCAAAGAGUAACGAAGCCAAAGAAUCUGAAAUCAAAAGAAUUAUUCCAAAGGAAAGCGAACCCAGUGAAGUGCAGGAUAGCGAAGGCAACCAAGACAAAAAUCAAGUAUGGGUCAGCUCCCGAAACAGUGACCUGUCUGACUGGACCCCCUGUUCAGGAUGGAGUUCAGACGAGGAUCCUUCAUCGCCAUUUAAGAACGACCGGGAUGCGUGUUCCAGUCAGGACAAACCUCACCUGAUGUUCAAAAUCACUAGUGAUGACGGCUUCAGCGUGGAGGCAGACAGCAUAGAGGUGGCUUGGAAGGCAUUGGUGGAUAGUGUCCAAGAGGCACGGACGGGCUACAGGCUUGAGCACAUGCCCCAGGGGAGAAUAAAUGGUUCCUGGGUGCUGGGAGUCAUUCAUGAUGCCGUGCUGUUCCUGCUGGAGCAGCUGCAGGGGGCAUCACAGUGCUACAACCACCGCUUCCGUUUCCACCAGCAAGAAAAAGCUGAAGAAGAGCUACCGAUAAACCCUAGUGGCUGCGCUCGAGCCGAAGUCUAUACGAGGAAAAACACAUUCGACAUGUUUAACUUCUUGGCCUCCCAACAUCGCCAGCUUCCUGAGAGCAGGCCAUGUGAUGAAGACGAGGAUGACGUCAAGCUCAAAUGCAGCAGACGUGCCACCAGCACAGAGUUGCCGAUGGCCAUGAGGUUCAGACAUCUGGAGAAAACAUCUAAAGAAGCUGUUGGGGUUUAUAGAUCUGCCAUUCAUGGGCGUGGUCUUUUCUGCAAACGCAACAUAGAAGCUGGAGAGAUGGUGAUCGAGUACGCUGGAAAUGUCAUCCGUUCAGUCCUGACUGACAAGCGGGAGAACUAUUACAGCAGUAAGGGUAUUGGCUGCUACAUGUUCCGCAUCGAUGACUUCGAUGUCGUAGAUGCCACCAUGCACGGCAACGCGGCACGUUUCAUCAACCACUCCUGCGAGCCCAACUGUUACUCGAGGGUCAUUAACGUGGAAGGCCAGAAGCACAUUGUCAUUUUUGCACUGAGGAAGAUCUACCGCGGGGAAGAGCUCACCUAUGACUACAAAUUCCCCAUCGAAGAUGCCAGCAACAAGCUGCACUGUAACUGCGGUGCUAGACGAUGUAGACGCUUUCUCAACUAGGAGUAUCGACUUCUCCGAACGAGGGGGAUCCGGAACAACUCCGUAGGCCAGAGGGAAGAAAUAAGCUGAUGGAGGAAGGCGAGAAAAAUUGUAGUAGAUUAUCAGUGUUUUAGAAAUCUGUUCCCAUUUCUAGUCAAGGUAGAAAAUCUUCGAUCUGGAUCCCAGGAACGCGACCGUGCCGCACAUGUCAGAAAUGGCCGUGGAUGUGAAUAGGAGCAUUAGUAUGUCCCCUGUCAAUCAGAGCAACUCUUGUAUAUUGAAAAGGGCAUUUAAUGCUUUCCUAAAUGUGUGUUCAGCUGCGCCGUAACCUGGCAUGAGAAAAGAUACCUGGCUUAGUGCUAGCAUUCACUCUUUUCCUUUAUUGAGUGUCAGGGUGAGCUAGCUAGACUGAUGGACAUUUACGUAAUAUGAAGGUGGUUUUCAGUUUCCUUUCUUGCAUCUAAACUCCCUUUCGUACCUCUCGGGCCAUAUUUCAUUUAUACUGGGAGAAAAAUCCAGACCAGACUUUUUAAAAAAUCAGUAGCUUGUGGAAAUGCCUGAAGUCCCGUUCAUGAGCGCACACCCAGCCGUCACGCUGGACCUCCAUACCCCAGGGCUUUAGAGUAAAACAAAGCAGUAUUUUAUCUAUUAAACAUGUUCUUGCUACUGAUACUGAAGCUCUCCGUACCUGGAGAAAUCCACCAUACGCACCUUAUCAUUGUGGCCCUGUAUUUUAUCAGAGAGAAGCUGGAUUAUUCGAACUCCUUCUCACUGAACAAGCUAAUGAAGCUAAUUUUCCCUGCCAUUUUUGUUUUUUAUAUAUAUAUAUAUAUAUAUAUAUAUAUAUAUAUAUAUAUAUAUAUACACACAAGCUUACAUCAUCCCAGAUUCCCUCAUCAUUUCUGUGCUCGAACUGUCUGAGAUCUAGAGCCAGCUCAAGUCGUAUGACUCUCUGCAGCUUCCUACUGUCACAUCCCUGUACAGUUGAUUUUUUUUUUACCCCCGUUUUUCCUUACAGUUCAAAACGGGGUGUGUAUAUAAACACGGAAGGUGUUCAGUGGUCUGCACUGGAAAUGUUCUUUUAAAUUUUUAACUAAAUAUCUAGUUUUUAUAUAUUUUUUCAUUGUGCUUUUGGAGACUUUAACCCCUGGACGUUCGAAACAUUUCUAGCAUAAAGCUGUGAAAUCUUCCAGCUGUAACCAGCACAAUCACAGCAGACUUAACUACAUGAGAGCAUACAGCUGUUGUACUUUUUAAAGAGGUCCUACAGAGAGAACCGUCCUUCUAGCUAUGAGUGAUUCCUUUAACAGAGUUCUCUCUUCUGUAAUUAAUACCAGGGACUUCUAAAAGUCUACUACCUCAGUGGCUAUGACCAGUGAUGGCUAGUGUGAAACAUCAUGAACAGUAGCGUAAUCCUUCGCUACCAUGUUCUACACUGGCAUUUAAAUGUAUGCAAUGUGACUGCAGGUUAUUAACAUUAUUUUUUGUUUGUUUGUUUGCUUUCAUCAGGAUUCUUGUAUUUGUGUACAGAAUGUGGUUGUUUUUUUUCCCUUCUUCCCAGACAUGAAGAGUAAAGAUGACGUCAUUCAUUUAGCUUGAGGAACUGCUUCCAUGUUGUUUGGCACAAUGGCAGUUUUUUUUGUGUAUAUAGUUGUACAAACAUCGGAAAUGUUUUUUAUGCACUUUUUUUAUUUAUAAUGUUCUAAAUGUAAUAAAGAACCUCUUUAAACAAAAAAUA